AGUUUCGUAAAUUCGUAUAAAUCUUACUAGAUUUUUAGUGGCACCUUUUUUCCACCAAGCAAGCAGUUUCAUCUUAAUUACGCAGAUUCAUACAUUCCCAACCGCACAUCCAAGAGCAAGGGGGCAAAAACACACAUAAUGGAUCCCCCCCACAUCACCGCCUGGGCCGCCAAGUCGCUCGCGGGCGAGCCCGUCUCCGUAGUCCGGGUCCGGAAUCUCCAGGCGGUCAUCUCGGCGGGCCACGACGCCUGGGGCCGGUCGGGCAAGGCGCAGCCCCUGCUGGUGUCGGCGGAGCUGUCAUUUCGGCGGCCGUUCGCCCGGGCCUCGGCCGAGGACCGCGUCGCCGCUGACACGGUCCACUACGGCACCCUGAGCAAGGCCAUCCUGCGGGGCCUCGAGCCCUUCGGCGGGCCUGCGCCGGAGAAGCCCCUGGCCAGUCUGAGGGCUGUCCUGGAUGGCGUGUGGCACUGCUUGACGGGGCAGGAUGUCCAGGGUGAGAGUCGGGGGAAGGGCGGAGAAGGAGAGGACGCGAAGGCCUUUCUGGACCUCUCGAUGCUGCGGUUUAUGUCCCUCACGCUCACGCUCCCGAAGGCGUCGCUGCUCGGCCAGGGUGUGAGUCUGACCGCCAGCUCAGUGUUCGGUUUGCAGGGAGCCGUCCCAUUUGUGGAGGGAUAUGCGACAACUCUACGGCUGCAUGGCCUCCGCGUGCCGACGCUGGUUGGAGUCAACUCGAACGAGAGGAAUGCCAAGCAAGUCGUCGUGGCCGACAUCGAGCUGGAUAAAGUUUGCCCGUACGGCGACGUCUACACGGCCAUUGAAGAUUUGGCCGUCAAGACGAUGGAGGAGUCGUCUUUUGAGACGCUGGAAGCACUGGGUUCGCGGCUGGCCAGCAAGAUACUGGGCAGCUUCCGACCUUUAACGCAGAACGAUCAUUUUGAGGCGCCGCUUGAUUGGCAAGUCAGGAUUAGCCUGGAGAAACCCACGGCAGUUCCUUUUGCAGAUUGUCCGGCCGUUGAGAUUGUGGUACGCGAAAACGACUGAGGCAUCAAUCAACUCUAGAUUGAGGCCAUUGGAUUUUUGGAAGACAUUCGGCCCGCUCUACUGCUGCUUGUAUUGAACUCUAGUCUAUUGUUUAUGAGGAUUCAUGGAUCUGUGACAGAGGCCUGCGACAUUGGUCUAGCACGGCGGCGGUAGCGGCGGCACCGUCUGUCUACGUUGAGUAUCUUAGAUGGGGGUAAAGGGCGAGUUCGCAGUAGGUCAGCUUGCUGCUCUCGUGCUUUCUGACAUUGGAAUGUCCCCAUUCGUAAUCUCCUUUACGAACCCAGUGUCGGGGUUAGAUUCAGGGUAGAAAAGCAUUACAUGGAAAUGCUCGAUGGCGCGGACGGAUUGGAGAGACGCCCAAUUCUUGAACCAGAUUACCUGCUC